CGGGUGCCGAGUCUCGAUGACUUCGCGGGACAGAGCUGGAGCUCGUGGGUGGAGCGGGCCGACCUGCCCGUGGCUGACGGGGCUGAGUUGGAAGAGAAUAACAAAAACACAAAGAAGAUGGAUGCCAUGACCCUCAUUAAAGAAGACAUGUCCAUCUUCGGGCACUGCCCUGCCCAUGACGACUUCUAUUUGGUUGUGUGUAACCACUGCAGCCAAGUGGUGAAGCCUCAAGCUUUCCAGAAGCACUGCGAAAGAAGACAUGGGCCCCUCAGCAAGCUUUACGCCCGGGCCCCACCCCCACCUCCAGCCCCUGCCAGCUCUCAGAAAUGCCAUGUAGUGAAUGGGCAGGGCCCAGCUUGUAGGGCCCCAGGUUCCACCAAAACCUCCUCCAGGGAGAAGGGCCAGGGGUCCCGGAGCCGUGGCCACCACCCUCCUGAGAAGACCCAGAAGGACAACCUCUGCCUUUUCGUGCCUGUGGUGAAUUUGGAGAAGAUGUCCAGUCUCCCGAAGCCUGAUGGACAUGGAAUUAGGGUGGCCCCGCCCUCUGCUUUCCUCAGCCAGCCAGGCGGCCUCACCAAGGACUCCCCUGGAAAAAACCCCACGGCACCCCCUUCUAAAGAACCUUCUGGCAGAGAGAGCAUCGAGAUAACCCUCAGCGAGGGCCCCAGUCACCGGACUGAAGGCAGCCCCCCUGAAAAGGAGGCUAGUGGGGCCAGGCUGCCCCCCAAAACACACCGGAAGAUGGCCCGGAAGGAGUGCGACCUCAACAGGCAGUGUGGGGUAAUAAAUCCAGAGACCAAAAAGAUCUGUACCCGCCUGCUGACCUGCAAGAUCCACUCGGUGCACCAGCGCCGGGAGGUCCAGGGCCGGGCCAAGGACUUUGAUGUGCUAGUGGCAGAGCUGAAGGCCAACUCCCGCAAAGGGGAGUCUCCCAAGGAGAAGAGCCCAGGGCGUAAGGAGCCAGCUCUUGAGCGCGCCUCCCAGGAGCCCCUCUCCUCAGUCCAGGUUGUGGCAGCAGCGGCUGCGCCCAGCAGCACCUUCUCUGCUCGUGACAAGCAGACCUACCCGUACUGUGCACUGCCCAGGUCCCGGGCCUCCUCUGAGAGUGAGUUGGAUGAUGAUGGCCCCUGUGGUGGUGAUGGUGACCCAGGCCUGUUCCCCUUCCCUCUGCCCCGGGGUGGGGCCCAGGCCUCCAGCGAGGAGAGUGAGGAGGAGGGGACAUCUGAUGAUCUCCACCUCCCCCCUGACUGCCAUUAUGCAACCCGGCCCCCGCGGCCACAGGCGUUCUGCACCUUUGGGAGCCGGCUGGUGAGUCCAGGAUGCUACGUGUUUAGCCGCCGGCUGGACCGGUUCUGCUCGGCACUGAGCUCCAUGCUGGAACGGCACCUCAGCUCACACAUGUGGAAGAAGAUCCCACCGGCGGCUGAGCCUCCAUCCCACCUUGUCAGCUCACCCCUGUCUGCUCCCCUGAGCCCAUCCUCUACGGGCAGCUGCCACCGCCUUCCAGGCCCACCACACAGACCUGCCUGCCCAGCCUCCAUGCCCCCCACCAAGGACAGCCAUGUCCCCAGCUACCCUGCAGGCUCCCCCAGUGUGGCAGCCGCCUGCAGCCAGGCAGAAUGCACAGGUGGGAGCCAGGCCAUCACCUCACCACUGCCUGCCAACACGCCAUCCCCGUCCUUCAGCAAGCUCCCUCCUUCGAAGGCCAGCAAGUCGUCCAAAGGCAAGGACAGAGCUGAGGUGGAGGCGCCUUCUCGAAAGCGAAAGUUAUCCCCAGGCCCCACCACUUUCAAACGGACCUGCAUCCUGGAGCCCACUGGAAAAGGCAAACCCUCUGGCUGCCGUAGCCUCUCGGCCAAGACUAAAACAGCCCUAGGCAUGGGGCUUAAUGGGACGGUGGGGCCAAGAGUGAAGAGGGCAGGGCCCCUGGACUGUCGGGGUUCCCCUCAUCAGCCCCCCACACCGGUCAAGGCUUCUCAGCUGGACAACCGGGGAGCGGCUGGACACCCAGCCAAGGCCCUACCAACCAACUGCCUCUCUGAGGAAGAGGUAGCCAAGAAGCGGAAAAACCUGGCCACUUACUGCCGGCCAGUGAAGGCCAAGCACUGCCAGGCUGGCGCCCCAGCCGAUGCGGCCUGCUCUGUGCGCCGCAAGAAGCCGGGUCCAGCCCUGGCCUUUGAGGAGAAGUGUUCUACACUGAAGGUACCAGCCUGGCUCCCUGAAGAGCGUGGGCAGGGAAGGGUCAGGAUGGAUGAGGGGGGAGUGCACAGUGGGCACCUGACACAGAGAAGGUGCUAAGUAAAUGUUUGUGCAGGGAAGGGAAGAAAGGGGAAGUUGAGAGAGUUCCUGCGCCAUCUUCUUUAGGGAGAGGUGGAUCAGCUCUUCGCAAGGUGACUCUAGCUUUUGCUUGAUGGCCUUCCCCUAUCCCCAGCCUUUUUCCUCAACUAUGGAGAUGCUGCCUCUGCCUCCCCCUCCCCCACUCUCACUUUUGCUGUUA